CUAAGGAGAGAGGGAGUAAAACACACUCUCCUCUUUUCUUCAUUUCUGCAUGCUCUUAAAAAGAUCUUACAACCAUCAAACCAAAAGGGCACUGCAAAUUCUGCAAAAAGUUUCAAAAAAAGAUCCUUUCUCUGGAUUCCCACAAAAAUUGGGUCACUGUUUGUUGCCUUGGAAAAAAAAUAGCUAUAAAAGUUGCUCCUUUUUCUUUCUCCCCAUUUGCCUACUUCUCUUCUGUCAUAGUUGAAAUGCUUGUUCACUAAAGAGAACUGAAAAAGCUUUAAAAAAUUAUCCUUUUUUUGGGAUCCCUAUAAAUUGCCACUCUCUGUUUUGUUUCUCGAAAAAAGGUUCCUCUUUUUUCUUCAUUUUCCCUGUGAAAUGGGUGCUCGUUGCUCAAAAUUCUCUUUUUGCUGGUGGCAUUCUCAUCUCAAACCAUCCCUUCUUGAUUCUUCUGAUUUGGAGAAUGGAGGGAAAAAUGAGAAAAAUGCAUUGCCAAGUUUUGCUGAGUUCAGUCUUGAUGAGUUAAAGAUUGCUACUAAUGGAUUUUCUCCAGAAAACAUAGUAUCAGAACAUGGUGAAAAAGCUCCAAAUGUUGUUUAUAAAGGCUUGCUUGAAAAUGGUCGUUGGGUUGCUGUUAAAAGAUUCAAUAGGUCUGCCUGGCCUGAUUCUCGUCAAUUCUUGGAUGAGGCAAAGGCAGUGGGGAAUCUGAGGAGUGAGAGAUUGGCAAAUCUAAUUGGAUGUUGCUGUGAAGGGGAAGAAAAAUUGCUGGUGGCUGAGUUCAUGCCUAAUGAAACCCUUGCAAAGCAUUUGUUUCAUUGGGAGAAUCAACCUAUGAAAUGGGCGAUGAGGUUGAGAGUCGCUUUUUACCUAUCGCAAGCUUUGGAAUACUGCAGUAGCAAGGGUCGGGCAUUAUAUCACGAUCUUAAUGCUUACAGAAUCUUAUUUGAUCUGGACGGUAAUCCUAGACUCUCUUGCUUUGGCCUGAUGAAGAACAGUAGAGAUGGAAAGAGUUAUAGUACAAAUUUGGCUUUCACUCCCCCUGAGUACUUGAAAACAGGAAGAGUGACCCCUGAAAGUGUAGUUUACAGCUUUGGAACAAUGUUGCUAGAUCUUUUGAGCGGAAAGCAUAUUCCUCCGAGCCAUGCACUUGAUCUAAUUCGUGGGAAGAAUUUUUUGAUGCUUAUGGAUUCUUGUUUGGAGGGUCAUUUUUCUAAUGAUGAUGGAACAGAGCUUGUUCGGCUAGCCACACGUUGUUUACAGUAUGAAGCACGAGAGAGGCCUAACGCAAAAUCUCUUGUCACUUCUCUUAUGUCUCUUCAGAAAGAAACAGAGGUGCCAUCACAUGUUUUGCUGGGCAUUCCACAUGGAACUGCAACCCCACCUCAACCGCUAUUGUUGACGCCGAUGGGUGAAGCAUGUUUGAGAAAAGAUCUUACUGCCCUUCAUGAAAUAUUGGAGAAGACUGGAUACAAAGAUGAUGAAGGAAUUGCCAAUGAGCUUUCAUUCCAAAUGUGGACAAAUCAGAUGCAGGAAACCUUGAACUCUAAGAAGCAUGGUGAUGCUGCUUUCCGAGCCAAGGAUUUCAUUACUGCCAUUGAUUGCUAUACACAGUUCAUUGAUGGAGGGACCAUGGUAUCACCAACAGUAUUUGCGAGGCGUUGCUUGUGUUAUCUGAUGAGCGACAUGCCACAAGAGGCUCUAGGGGAUGCAAUGCAAGCUCAGGUGGUUUUCGCUGAGUGGCCAACUGCCUUUUACCUCCAAGCUGCUGGCCUCUUUAUCCUUGGGAUUGAGAAUGAUGCCCAAGAAGCUCUUAAAGAAGCUACAAAGUUGGAAGCAAAAAGAAGCAAAAACUGAAACUGUAUAGAUUUGCAUUUCUUUGAUAUUAAUUGUCUUAAUUUUCUUGUAUUUAUAAACAAAAGCAACACUAAAGGCCUUAUGAACAAAAUUGGUUGUUGAAUGUUAAUAUUCAAUUUUUGUUCUUUCCCUUCCGGAAGGAGUUUUUCACAUUUGGUGAAAGAUUA